AUGGCUAUCAGGCGAACAUCAGAUUCCCCGUUGCCUCCGUGGAGAUUCAUUGCUGAGGUCCUGGGGAUUAUCCUUCUUAAAUUAAUAUUCAUAGUGAUUAUCAUAACAGUUAUCGAUAUUCCCGGAAUAUUAAUCUCUAUAAUAAUCACUACAAUCCUUCUAGCUAAUGAAAUCAUGGACGAGAACAGAACUCAGAAAGCUAAUCAUUGUCACCGUUGUCCAGAGGACUGGUUCUCCUAUUCCAACCAUUGCUAUUAUAUUAGCAGUGAUAUAAAAAACUGGACUGAGAGUCGGAUGGCCUGUGUUUCUAAGAAUUCUAGUCUGUUUUAUAUGGACAAUGAAGAAGAAAUGAUGUUUAUGAAGAUUCUGUCAUCUUCUUCAUGGAUUGGACUGUCUCGUGAAAGCAAUAAUUAUUCCUGGUUCUGGAUAAAUGGCUCACCUUCCAACCAAACGAUAAGAGCACCAUCAAAUCCUACAUACAACUGUGUAAUGCUAUUCAGAUCUAGCCUUCAAUCAGCCAGUUGUGGAGAUGAAAAAAUACACAUUUGUAAGCAUGAGAUUUUGAGUUAAAAACAUCUGAGCUUGGAGUCCUUCAGGUAUCUUUAUAUUUCAUGCAAUGGAAAUAAUAUCAUGACUGUAAAAGUCUUAUGAUGAAUUACAUUAUUUG